CGCUUAAAGAUCAUCUGUUGUCUUGGUUGACAUCAUCUGUGUCGUAAUGUCGAUCAGCUGGGAUGAAAAAAUUCACGUGUUGAUCGUUGUUAUAAAAAUACGCGCCCAGGUGCAGCUCGGUUCAGUACGUUAAACGUUCUUGGGCUGCAUAGCGUGUUCUUUUGCAAUAGUAAGUAACAUGAGUAGAGACGAUCUUUCGAAUGUUUGGAUGAUAGCGUUCACUGUAUGCUGUUCAACUGUAGUCACUGCCAAUGGAUUUGGUCCGGGCAAACAAAUCUGGGGUUACAGUGAGGUGCGCCCAAGGGCUUUCAUUUUCUGGUGGCUCUAUCGAACGCAUGCACAACCGUAUGAUUCAGAAAAGCCACUUAUUAUCUGGCUCCAGGGUGGCCCAGGUGCGUCAUCUAGUGGGUUUGGUAAUUUUGAAGAAAUUGGACCACUCGAUAGAAUGCUUAAGCCGCGUGAAAAUUCCUGGGUUAGAGAGUACAAUGUCCUGUUCGUCGACAGUCCAGUUGGCAGUGGGUUUAGUUACGCCGAAGAUCUUUCUCUAUUGGCCCGCAACAGUACAACGGUAGUGAGCGAUUUGCUCGAAUUUCUGAAACAGUUUUACCAGACUAUCAGAGCAACCACCGCGAUCGAUUGGGAGAGCGUUCCAUUGUACAUCGCGUCCGAAAGCUACGGAGGUCGUAUUGCGGUUGAAUUUGCGUAUGCGCUAGCAAAGGAAAUCCAAGCUGAUGUGAUGCAUUGCAAGUUGGUGGGUCUUUUGCUUGGUAGCGCUUGGCUAUCGCCUCUUGAUAGCAUAGCCGCGUGGCCAAGUUAUUUAUCCGGCCUAGGAUAUAUGGAUGAAACUGGACGUGAACGUAUCGCAAGUAGAGUAGCCGCGGUGAGCGAAAAAAUGGCACAACAGCGCCCCGGUAUGGCCUUGGAAGGAUGGCAUGGAUUGCAGCAGGCUAUCAUUCAGGAGACGGAGGGAAUUAAUUGUUACAAUGUAUUGAAGCCAACAACAAAGGAGAUUCCUGCACUAGCAAUCGAAAGCGACGAAGUGUUGGAGUAUGGAGAAACGCUAUGGUGGUACAGCGACACCAGUGCACCGCCAGUUAUUGAGUCGCACAGCUCCCUUGAGCGGCUGAUGCGUGGACCCGUCUCGCGUAUGCUUGGCAUCGCAAACAAAUCACCCUGGGGUAGCCAACGGACAGCCGUAUUCGAUGCGCUGAGCGAUGAUUUUCUCCAAUCCAGUAUCAGGACGGUAGAAGUCUUGUUGAACGAAACCACCAUCGAGCUGGUACUGUUCAGCGGCCAGUUGGAUCUUAUUACUUGCCUACCGGGGACACUCGCAUGGAUGAACCGAUUGUUUCAAAAGCGAACUGACCGGAAUCCACGCCAGGAGGCUUUUACGGUCGGUGGAAUGGAUGGUGUCAUUGAUGGUUACCGUACUGCGUACAGCGAACGAUUUGUACACUACACCGUUCUCCGUGCCGGUCACAUGGUGCCGGCUGAUAAUCCUUCGGCAAUGGCACAUAUAUUGCGCAGGCACAUCGUGCGAUUCUAGACGGACGUUGGCUACUUCGGAUGUAACAGAUGCAAAAGGCAAACAGACCGAUUUACCUAAAGCUUAUCUCCAAAGUGGCGCCACACGUGAACGUAUACGUAUUUAUUUAAGGAACUCUUAAGAACGAAACAGUAAACCAA